AGAGACUUGAACUGUAAAUUGCCCACCACAACCUAAAACGACAUCUACCGAGUCGAAAUGCCGUGAGGGUGCCUCAGUCUAAAAGCUGUAACGAAGAGAAGCACACGCAAAAUGACUGGAAAUGUGGAUUGACGGGCUCGACACGAAACACUCAAGUCACGUUCGAUAAUGGCGAACUCAAAAUACGAAUAUGUGCGCGCAUUUGAGCGCGACGAGAUGUUACUACCUAACACGUGGAUUGUGGUUCGAGUAGAUGGAAGAGGCUUUCAUAAACUGUCGAAUCACUACCAGUUCGCCAAACCCAAUGACCAACGGGCUCUGGAACUCAUGAAUGCCGCUGCCGUCCAUGUAGUGACCACGAUCCCAGACAUGAUCAUCGCCUAUGGUGUGUCGGACGAGUUCAGCUUCGUCUUCCACCGGUCAACCACCCUGUUUGAGCGCCGAGCCGCGAAACUCGUCAGUACCGUCGUCAGUACCUUCACGGCCGCAUAUGUGGCUCUUUGGGGCACGAUGUUUGGGGGUAGAAGCGUCGGUGGGACUGGGAAGGGGGAUAGUGGUGCUGCAUUCUCGUCCGCCGCCCUUGUCUCUACAGGACCAGAUCUCACAAUGCUACCGACGUUCGACGGUCGAGCUGUCUGCUACCCGACGUGGGAGAAUCUACGAGACUAUCUGAAUUGGAGACAGGUUGACUGCCACAUCAACAAUCUGUACAACACGACAUUUUGGGCCAUGGUGCAACAAGGUGGCAUGACGGCGACAGCGGCAGAAGAAGAACUCAAGGGCACGGUUGCGGCGGACAAGAACGAGAUCUUGUUCUCACGCUUCCAAAUCAAUUACAACAACGAACCUGACAUGUAUAAAAAGGGUAGUGUGGUAGUCAGGGAUUAUGAAUUGGUCAUGGCUGGGGCGGAAAAGGGACGAGGCAAUGGUAAUGCCGAUGACGACGAUGGCGAAGGCGAAAGAGGUCAGGCCGUGUACGCCUUAUCCAAAACACAAAAGGAAAAAGACAACAAGGCCAGGCAAAAGGCAAAGGUAGUAGUGCUGCAUGUGGACAUAAUCAAGGAUGAAUUUUGGGAUACCAGACCCUGGUUGAAGACAGGUCGACCCGGUAAAGUCCUUUGA